UACACUGGGGUCAGGGGUCUGGACCUAUAUAAUUCGUAUUUAUAUACAAUAUACUACAAUCUUAUUAUAUGUGUUACAUUCAGUUUUAUGUUAUAAUUGUACAAUAAAAAUACUUUUUUAAUUUUAUUUUAAAAGGGAUGUGAUUCAGUUUUAUUAUCUGUUGCAAUUGUAUGCAUAUAAAUAUUUACAACCACAAAAUGGCUAAUUUAACGGAAAACAUAUGCCCCAAGUUAAACAAGGAUCAGGUUGAGGACAUUUUGAAAAACGAUUACGGUUUUAUCAACGGAAAAAUCCAAGAAUUAGAUGGUUACGAUGAUAAAAACUAUCACAUAACACAUUUGCUGGCGAAAUUACUGUCUGGUGCCCACAAGUCACAACCCAAGUUCCAUUUUUCGUAGGUACCACCAGUUGACCAGUUUAAUGGAAGUCAAAAAAUGUAUUGAAGAAAUUGAAUUUCCAACUGAUGGAAUAAUCAUCAAAUUCAUAAAUUCAAUAGACUCAACGAAUUUAUUACUUCUAGAUGCACAAACAAAACUUACUCAGUAUCUAGAACAUUCUGGAAUAUACUGUCCAAUACCUGUAUUUAAUAAAUAUGGAAACAGUUAUCGGUCUCUCGUUAUAAAUGAUAAAACACAUGCAGUCAGAGUAUACAAAUAUAUUAAAGGCGAAACUAUGAAUAAAGUUAAAAUCAAUUCUGAAAUAUCUACAAAUUUUGGUUUUUAUGUUGGUCAUUUAACAUCAGUUUUAAAAAAAUUUGAUCAUGGUGGAUUCCAUAGAAAUCAUUUGUGGGCUUUAGAGAAAUGUCCAGAAGUUUUAAAAUUUGUAGAAGUUUUUGAUCAAGAAAAACAGCGACAAACUAUUAUUACUAUAUUAAAUAAAUUUCAGUUUGAUGUUUUGUUAAAUGCUGGUCAACUUGAAAAAAGUGUUAUUCAUGGAGAUCUCAAUAUGAAUAAUAUAAUUAUGAAAGACAACACAAUUCUUGGUAUUAUAGAUGUAGGUGAUGUUGUCUAUUCAUUCACAAUUUUUGAUUUUGCUGUUGCACUAUGUUAUCUAAUUUUGCAUGAAUUUAAAGACAACAAUGCAAAGUUAUCUAAUGUACAAAUUAAGAGUUUUGUUGAAGCCUAUGAAAAACAGUACAGAAUAUUAAAUGAUUUUGAAGUUUCAAUAAUACAUACUUGUAUAUGUGCCAGAAUUUGUCAAAGUUUGGUUUUGGGUAAAAAAUCAAGUUUGAGAGAUUUAUCAAACAGUUACAUACUAUCUACACAGAAAAAUGGGUGGAGAGCAUUAGAAGAAUUAUUAAACAUCGGAAAAGACAAAUUUAAUAUGUUAUUGAAACAUUAGUCAAAGAAAUGAAAUUUUAAAUCAUUUUUACCAUUAUUAUUGAAUUUAGUUUUAGAUUGUCCAAAAACUCUAUAGCAUAUAACAUAUUACCUGAUAUUCAGAAAGAUUGACCUAAUACUUAUACUUUAUAAAAUAUUACACUGUACAAUACAUAGUUAUACUUUAUAUGUACCUAUAUCAAUUAGGCAUUAUAUGCUUAGAUCUAAUAUAUAAUUUUAAAAAGGUCUACAAACAGUGGUGUUCCCAUGAAUUUUUUUGAGAGUAUACUAUAUCAUCAAAUACGCAUGUAUUAUGGAUUUAUGGGUAUACGCAGUUACCCAUAAUAUUGAAAAAAAAUCUUGAGAGUAUACGGCGUAUAUGUAGUAUACCCUAUGGGAACACCCCUGUCUACAAACCAUAAUAGUACAUUUGUAUAAUUAUUUACUAAAUUUCCUGUCGCCAUUAAUGUUUUUAUUAAUAAUAAUUACUAUUAUAUUUAUGAAUUUAUUAUUUAUAAUAAACAUGGACAUAUUUUAUGAGAACUAAUUAUAUUUGCCUUAAUAA